UGGCGGGGAGGGAGGCCGGGGCUGCCGGUCGCCAUGGCCACAGCAACAGACCAGGUGGUUGGGUUCGGCUUGGUUGCUUUCAGCCUCAUCCUCUUUGUUUACUACACCCUCUGGAUCAUCGUACUGCCCUUCAUUGACAGCGACCAUGGGAUCCACCGGUACUUCUUGCCUAGGGAGUAUGCGGUUAUCAUCCCCAUGGUGGCUGGGCUGCUGCUGCUGCUAUUUAUAGGUGUUUUCAUAAUGGUUGUGAUGUGGAAGAGCAGGAAACCUGUGAAGAAAUCAGAAUGAAGGCCCAGCUGAGGAGAAGGCGCCCACCCUGCGGCAUCGUAGCCAGGAAAAGACUUUGCCUGCAGCACUGGGCAGACGCCUCCUCUGGAGCGCUUGGUGCCAAACUGGCUGCGCUCUCCCACGUUCCUUCCUGCAGAGAUGAAGUCUUCUGUAGUUUACAACUUACUGACCAAAGUGAAGCAAAACUGACCUCUGGGGCUCAUUGAGAGAGGGACCAGAGCCCUGGCUGUGAGGGACCUGCUCCCCAGCUGGGGCUGCCUGUAUCAGCUGUGCUUCGGCCUGUGCUGGCUAGAAGAGCUGUUGGAGUCCAGCAGCUGUAACUACCAGAGUGCAAGUCAAGCCCUGCCUGCUGCUUGGCCUCUGGGUAAUCCCUCCCCUCUGCUCUUGCUGUGUCCAGUAGUU